AUUACUUGUAAUGUCUAAGGACAUGGCCCUUCCCACAAAUCCUUCCGUCACUUAAAAUGGCUGCGUCCUUGAGCUGUCGUGGUGUGAAGUUAUCGAACACGCUUGCCAGAGUCGGUACUUCAAUAUGCACCAACCCUGAAACCCGAGCACUUCAUGUCACUGCAUCAUGUUGCAAGAAUCGUGCAGCUCGUAUUCGGGUGGGGAAAGGAGACCGACCACUUACGUAUGAGCAAGCACUCCACCCCCACCACAUAGGCCACCGUAAAGGUUGGCUUUCCCAACACACCAGUAACCUCAUGGGAGAAAAUGGCGCAGCGGAUCGUACGGUGGAGGACGUGUUUGUGCGACGUUUUAUCUUCGGUACCUUCCAUAACUGCCUGGCCAAUGAGAUUGUGAUAAAGCGGCGAGGCAACAUGCUGGUGGUAUGCGCCCUGAUGUUACAGAGACUCCCUCCUCAGAAGUUCUACUUCCUGAUUGGUUACACUGAGACACUGCUGUCUCACUUCUACAAGUGUCCUGUCAAGAUGGAGGUGCAGACACUGGGCGACAAGGCUGUCUACAAGUACCUCUAGAGAGACAGAAACUGUUGCACUUUACAAGACACGUUUUGUUUAUGGUUUCAAGAGCAGUUGUAUUAGACAGGAAAUCUGUGAAUGACCUACAAGUACAAACACAGUGAAGCAUGAGUGCUCAAGUGUUCAUAGCAGUAACAUUUGUAAAUUUCUAAUACAUGA